AUGAAGAUUCCAGCAAUAUUCGUCACGUCACUGCUGGUCUGGGGGCUGGCUGAGGGCCACUUGGUGAAACGUGACAAGCCGCCGCACUCGAAACCCCUACCAAAAGCACCAAAGCAGCUCGGCGAUGGGUCUGACACGCUUGGCUCCUCCAUGGAAAACGCGCUAAAAGCAGCCAGGGCGUCGGAGAACGUGGGAUUGAACUUGGAACUGGGGGCAGCCGCGCGGACAGCAUCCGCGGCAGCUGCGAAGCAGGCUGCUGAGACGCAGAGAGCAGAGGCUGGAGCAAAAGCAGCAAUUGUCAUUGCGAUCGCUAAACGAGAAGAAGCAAUCAAAGCAAGCCAAGCGGCUAGCCAGUUGCUGACCACUGCCGCGAAAGCGAGCGAGGCGACUGAAGCUGCAGCAAGAAGAGCGGCACAGUUGACGGCUGCAGCAAAGGCGGCUGCUAGGGCUUCUGCGUCCGCGGCUGCGGCUGCUACAGAGGCCCAGGUAAAGGCGAACGCUGAUUCGAUCAUCGCGAAAAAAGCUUCGGCUGCCGAAGCUCAAGCUGCAGCAGAGGCUAAUGCCAAAGCGGCAGCAGCCAGGAAGGCGGCGGCCAGAUUCUUGGCCAAAGCUGAGGCUGCCGCCAAGGCAGAAUCUGAGGCGACCAGACACGCUGCUGCGGCGGAAGUAGCAUUGGCAAGGGCAAGAACCGUCGUGGAUCAAUCGCAGAGUGCACAAGCAGUCGCUACCACUAAGGCUACCGCGGCUGUUCAAUUGGAAUCUCAAGCAGCGAACGCUGAAUCGGCCGCUGUGGCACAAGCGGAGACUCUGCUGGUCACGGCAGAAGCAGUCGCUGCCGCGGAGGCUGAGACUGCCUCCAAAGCCGUAGCACUGGCAAAGCAGAUCAUCAAUAAGAAGAAGCUGUCGUCGGGAAAAAAACAAAUUUCGUCGACCAUGCAGAUCCCAACGAUUCUCGUCACGUGCCUGCUCACAUUGGGCCUGGUGGACACAAGCCUCGGGACCUCGAAGGGGGAUCCCAGCCACAUAGAGGAGAUCUUAUUGAAGAAGGUGGACACUAGCGCGAAACGGAAGGAAAAUGGAGCCCCGCAUCUCGGCAAGAACGUAGAAAAGUGGUUGAUUAAAACCAAAGCAACCGCUAGUGCAGAGAGCAAAGCAUCCGCUUCAGUAAAAGCAUCUGCUCUGGCCCUAGCCGAGGCUCUCUUGCAAGCGACGGCAGAGUCGGCUAAACUUUCAGCUGAGGCUGCCGCGGCGGUGAAAGCGGCAUUGGAGGCACAGCUGAUUGCCGAAAAGAAAGCUUUGGCCGCGUUGCAAGCUCAGUCCGAGGAACAGACAGCCUCUGCCCUCGCGGAGGCCGCAGCCGCUGCAACGGCAUCAGCCAUGGAUCGCGCUCAAGCUUCCUCGAGAACGGCCGCAACCGCUCAGGACGUGACGAGUGAUUUGCAGAAACGAGCCAGCACUUUAGCAGCCGCCGAAGCCGCAGCCACCCUUAGGGCAUCAGAGAUCGCUGAAGAAUUGAAAUGGAUAGCAUCCGUUGCUGCGGCAACCUCAGCCAGUGCAGCUUCUGCCGAAGCGCAGACCACUGCUUCUUCGGAAACCACGUCCUCUGCUGCCAAUAAAGCAGCCGUAUUGGCCGCUGACGCGAACAGUGCGCAGGCAGCUGCCGCAGUGGAAGCACAAUCCGCUGCCAAGAUCGAAGCCAAAGCUGCCGCUGAGGCCUCUGCCAACUCGGCCACCGAGGACUCGCAAACCGCACAACUAGAGGCCUCUGCCGCGGCCAAGGCUACCGCAGCCGCAGCUAUCGGUGAUGGCGUGAUUCUAGGACUUGGAAACGACUCUGGUGCCUCAGCUCAGGCACUCGCACAAGCUCAGGCACUGGCUAGCGCUGCUGCGAAAACAUCGACGACAAAAGGUAACACAAUAUUUAGAAUUCGAAAUGACAACAUUUCGUGUAACAACAGCUGUUUUGACAAUUGUCAACGGCGGUAUAAAACGAGCAAAGCUCGCCACAACCGGCAUCAAUCUUGCGAAGCAGCCUCGAAGAUGAAGAUUCCAUCGAUACUCGCGGUGUUCCUGCUGGUCUGGGGUCUGGCUAGCGCAAACAAAGCGCCGCAACCUCCACCGAAACCCAUUUCGAUACACGGGAGCCCGGAACCGAAGGAACACCAACCAAAGGGCGAACCCAUCCCCGGGAAAAAGCUAGGAACCGGAGCGGCGGAAGUAGCGGCUGCCAGCGGUGAAGCUAUCGCUAUUACUCUCGGGGCCGGUCAAGCAGCAGCAGAGGCUCAAGGUUCAGCGGCCGCGCAAUCAAGCGCAGCUGCGAGUGCUGCUGAAGGUGCAAGUGAACUCUCCAACACAGCUGCGGAGCUAGUAGCCGCUGCGGCUUCAGCCCAGGCAGCUGCGGCGGCAUCCUCAGCCAGCGCGUUGAAACUGAGCUUAGCGGCUGCUGAAGCAGCCGAGGAAGCCGAGUGGGCUGUGGCCGAAGCCAAGGCUGCCGCUGGGAGGGCGGAAGUUCUCGCGAAGAACGCCGCUGCAGCUAACGCCCGCGCCGCCCUCCAAGCAGAGAGAGCAAACGAGCUGGCUCAAGCUGAAAGCGCAGCCGCGGCCGAAUCGCAAGCCAAAUCCGCCGCUGCAGCCGAGGCUACGGCAGUAGCCCUUAAGGUCGCCGAAAUCGCGGUGAAAGUGGAAGCUGAGGCGGCAGCCGCUGCCGCGGCGGCUGCUAAAGCUAGAGCAGCCGCAGACGCAGCAGCCGCUCGUGCUGCUGCAGUGAACGCCAUUGCUGAGGCUGAAGUGGAAGCUGAGGCGCAAGCAGAAAACACCGCUGGUGUGGCGCAGGCCGCCGCCUCCUCAGCGGCUGAAACGCAGGCUGUUGCAGCGUCCGCUGCUGCGACCUCGGAAGCGGCCGCUGAAGCUGGCGCGUGGAAAGGUGCGAUCGGAUUACCGAAGAUUAAGCCUCCUGCACCGAAGAAGAAAGGAUGGAGCUCGAAAGAGGAGAAGUAAGGUAGCGCGAUGUGCUGGAAGGGAUCUAGCUGGGCGAAGAUACAGGAACAGUUCUGAGAGAGGUGUUAAACAUCUUCAAGCAGAGUAUAUUCUAGAAUAGUGGCAGCAGAAGAUGAUUAGAGACAUGAUUAGUAAACGCGAAUUGAAAUUGUACGGAUGACAUUAUUAAACUGUUGUAGCAAAUGAGAACGAG